UCCCGCCACAGUGGCUUCGCGCGCUAUGGCCGCCGGGAGAUCUGCCACUAAUGCACUAAAGCCUCACUAAUCCUCACCUAGCCCGAACCUAGAUCCGUGAUCUGUAAACUUCAAGCAACAUCACCACUACGAUACCCCUAUAGGUAUUUCCUAAACCACCUGUUUACAUAAUCGCCCGCCGUCAUCACCAAGGAAACCCACCACCCACCUACUGCAAAAAUGUCCACCAUUGCUUCCCCCCGCGAUCCCCCGCGGCGCGUACCCUCGUACCAAGGCACGACGCCGACAUCCUCGACGCGGCCCAGCCUCGACGCCUCGCGCUCGCCCAUCGGCUCGCCAAAACUCACCGGCAGUCCCAACCUCUCCGGCGCCCCCUUCCCCUCCUCCGGGCCGACAUCCGCGCCGGCGUCCACCACCGGCCCGAGCAACAAGAGCAACCGCGCGGCCCUGCGCGCGUACUACAACCUGAAGAAGCAGACGGCGGCGGCGGCGCCCGUCGUCGAGGUGACGGACCCGUUCGGCGAGACCUCCGGCGGCCCGCAGCACGAGCAAUACUCGGAGGUGGCGCCGAGCGAGAUGGACAAGCCGGGCUUCGACGCGGAGGCCUUCGUCAAGAAGGCGCUGGCCGAGAACGGCAUGGAGGAGCUGCUGCGGCUGUACACGCGGGUGCUGGGCGAGACGCGGGCCCUGGACGCGGAGAAGAAGGCGUUGGUUUAUGAUAAUUACAGCAAGUUGAUCACGGCUACGGAGACGAUACGGAAGAUGCGAACGAAUAUGGACCCGUUGAACCCGAUGGCUUCUACGCUCGACCCGGCGAUCACUCAGAUAUACUCGCAAGCUUCGGCAAUACGAGAUUCGCUACGGAAAUCAGUCGCGCCACCGGAUGCAGCGAGGACCGAGGCGGAGGAGGCACGGAAGCGGAGAGCGCGGACGAAACAACUUGCUACCGAAGUCUUGGAUGCCCCUGACAAAAUACGAGCACUUGUCAGUGAAGGACGGUUGGAGGAUGCAAGACAGGCGUGGAAGAUGCCGCGAAGGCUUCUAUUGGUAUGGAAAGAGCAAGGUCUCGGCGGCAUUGAUGUGGACGCAUGCAUAGAAGACGGCGAAGCAGCUCUUAAAGGUGAACCGAGUAAAGGCAAUUGGCGAGAUACGAAUACGAAUAACUCGUGAUUAUCGGGUAUCUACAGCUGGUGAUGUCCUAACCAUUAAGACUGAUGGCCUCCAUCGCCAUCCCACGGCUUAUUUCAUCAAAUUGGGCAAAUU